CUUGUUGUUACACCCUUGCACAAUCCGUUACCUGGCGCACAGCCAACACGUAGCGAACAACAGCUCACCGCACCACCCUGGUUGCCUGCCAGAGCUCUUCCAGGUUUGGCAACAACACAGAGAGACAGUUCUCGUUUCUCCCCACCACUAAAGCUUCAAUGGGCAGGAACACCAGACUCCGAUUUUAGCGCAAUGGUGUCGUUUUGGCCGUGGCGGAAGGAUGAUUCCUCCCCCGCUUCAUUCGAAAAGGCCCUCUCGGGUCUUGCCGCCAAGAUAACGGCCACACAGGCCCAGCUCGACCGGACCCGCGCGAGGUCAAGGCGGGUCAAACUGCUCUGCACGCUCUACCUCGGAUUCGCAUACCUGGUGUAUGGCAUCGUGCUCGUUCUGGUGGUUGGCUGGCGGAACAUGGGCUCGUGGGAAUGGACCGGCUUGGCCGGUGGGCCGGUGGUGAUUUCCCUCGUUCGCGCCGUCACGACAGCCUUCUUCGACUACAGCAUCGAGAGGUUGAGCGCGCGGCUCAAGGAGGCCCAGGCAGAGCGGGCCAAGACCAUCCAAAAGCUUAAGGAUGCGACCAAGUACGACUCGACUCUCGAGUUGCUGGAGAAGUACGGCGGGGCCGAACACAAACAGAAGGAGCGAAAGGACACGGCCGACGAAGACGAGGGCGUCGCCGAGAGAGCAAGGGACGGGCGGCUGAAGGGGAGGCAUGCUCGUCUACCGCAACACACGAACAUGCCGCCACCGCCCACAGCGAACAUCCCACGGCCCGCCGCGCCCGGCCUCGGAACCCCACAGUCCAGGCCACAGAGCAGACUCGGUCCGCCGUCUCAACCAGCCCUAGCACAACCUGACAUGGAGGCGUCGGCCGAAUUUGCGCCAAAUGCAUUCGACGGCGGACCGCCGCCGCCUCCUCCUGCCUUCAUGCAGUAUCCGCCAGCGGCGAUGGGACCCCCAGCCGAAACCCACUGGUACGACCGCAUCCUUGAUGCUCUAUUAGGCGAGGACGAGACGGCAGCCAAGAACAGGAUCGUCUUGAUCUGCUCCAAAUGCCGGCUUGUGAACGGGCAAGCACCGCCAGGGACGAAGUCGCUCUCCGAGUUGGGCAUGUGGAAGUGCAUGGCGUGCGGGGCGACCAACGGGGAGAUGGACGAGGGAACGCGGAUUGUACAGGAGGUGCUCGGCGACCGUGGGGUCGCAACGAAAACCGAGACGGCCGAUGAAAACGCGAGCCGAAGCUCCGAGGGUGAGCUUGUCGAGGUGGACAAGGACGUGCCCGAGGCCAACCCUCGGAGAGAGGACUCGGCCGCUGAAGGGCCGAGGAAACGGCGAGGGAAAGGGAACAAUUAGGGGCGGUGACAUCCUUUGUGCGGUCUCUACGCUGUUCUUUCUUUUUGUCUUGUUCUGGAGAGUCUAGCUGUUUGUCACUUUCCUUUGUCACCUGCCAUUGGCACCGUCGCAUUGCUGGCCUAGCAUCCUUGCUGUUGUCCUCAAAGC